UGUUUUACUUUCACUGCAAAAUAUUUUGAAAUUGAGCUUUCCAGCAGGGUUAUUUAUCCAGCCCAUGUGGUUUAGGAGCACUGCAGAGGGUUUCAGGUGCUACCUCUCUGCCUCACUGGGGCUUGGGACAAUGAACUGAAUCCCAUAAACAGAUAAUUUAGGCACCUGGGACUAAAGCCAUGAAAGGAAGUAGCUGCCUGGUAGUGGCUUAGCUCAGCAUGUUUCAGUCCAAAGUACAGAUCCUUAACCUUUGUUUGGCUGUUACCGAUUCAGAAAGCCCCUGAAAAUCCAUUGGCACCUUCAUUUCCUCAAUGAGCACCAGGAUGUCCCCUACUGGAACUCUGGCACACUGUGUCUCUGGAUGAACUGACUAUCAACACCCUCAAGAAAAAUGGAAGCAGAAGCACAGAUGUCUGUCUCUCCUCAUUCCCAUCCUUGGGCUGUGGGCACUCUUCCAUGAAGCAUUUGGGUUCUCUGCUUGGCCUCCCCUCUCUGGAGGAAUUUGGUUACAAGAGGAGGGUGGUCCCGAGGGAUCUGUAGUCACUGCACGCAGUCUUGGAAAGAGAAUGACAAUUACUCAGCCCAAGUGGAGAAAAGGGCUGUCACCCAGGAUCCAGCAGACAGCAUAAGAUAUUGACGUAAUUAUUGGCACAGGGAUAAGAGAUAUGUCUUGUGCCUCAAGAGCUUGUCCCCUCACAACAUAGAUCAGAGAACGCACAGUGAAGGCUGGCUCUCAUGAUUCAGGUGAGGAGUCUGCAUUAGAUCUUUUAUCCAGACAUGGAGACUGUCAUGGGAAGAAUGAGUGGCAGCAGCUGGAGCACCUAAUUCCCCCUGAGGGCUGUGGCUUGAAGGCAUACUUCUUUUGUCGGCAUACUAUUGUCGGCAUUUUCCCUUGGCCAGCAUCCCUCUGCCUCCCAUGCCAGCUGUUCAGGAGCCCAGUCCACAGGUGUCUUGCUGUCUCCACAGACUGGAAAAGGAGCCUUGGCAGCAGGGAUCUGCUUCACACCGUAGGAUGUUCUGGCUACUUGGCUCGUCAGGGGAUUUAAUGCUGCUUGAUUUCCCUGAAGUUAUGCAUGAAGCAUCUCAUAGGGAGUGAAUUAGACUUGUCUUCCAGUUCUGCUGGAGCCACUGCAUACCCUUAGCUGGGCAUCUCAGAUCCUUAGCUUGGUUCUCAGCUGAGCAGAGGAGCUCAGCUCACCAGUAACUAUCAGUGAGUCUUUUCCCCAUCUCCGAAAUCCCUAAAGAGGUAAAUCGCUGUUUUUCUCUCCCCUUCUUUAUUCUAAUGGCUUUUAAGUACUGUAAUUACCUUUCUCUUGCCGAUGAACUGAGAAGGAAUAACCUUCCUAAAGCACAGUGGGCUUAACAAGGCAAAAUCUGCCGAGUCAAGGAGAAGUGUUUGCAUCAUCUGAGAGAGCAACAGCAAUCCCAAGUGACUCCAUGACUAAUUUGCCACGUGUCAUUAAUUAUGUCUUAUCUCAGCAGGGUAAUUGGGACUCACGGUUUUCCUGUGUGUGCUCCUAACAGCUCAUGCUAUGGAAGAGAAGGUUCAGAACAAACGUACUUAGAGCAAAGAGCACGGUGGUAAAGGAAGAGUCACACGGUGUUGCACUGCAAACCAUGAGGCACUUGGGCAGGGCGGAUACUCCUCUGGUUUGUCUCUGACAUUGCAACCUGGAGACAAGUCAUUUCUCUAACGAGGCCAUGCAAACAUCAUGUGUUCCUCCGUGGAAAGAAGGGGAGAAGGCCAGGAGCAACAGGACACAGGGUAACCCAGUGACACUGAAUCUGGGAGUCUGAUGAAAGCUUCCCCUUGGGAUUACUGUUGCACAAACACAACUACCAACAGCUAAGGGAUAACUGCUCUGACUGUCAAGCUGAGCUAAUGACAGAUCUGAAGAAGUGUCAACACUGCAACCGAAAAAGCUCGAAGCAGCAGGAAUGUCGUUCGCAGGGGAGAUGGGAGUCACAACAAAUACACUUUUCAGGGUUGGUUACUCCUGACUAAUGGCAUGCCGUUUUCAGCAAGUAAAGCCAAAACCUUGCCCACAGACAGCAGCACUCUCCAGAGGAGUCCUGUGCCUGCUCUGAGCAGCAGCAGAUUAGAACAAGAAGUGCUCAAGCACAUCCUCACUGCCAAGCUUUCUUUGGAAAAGAGCCGUAACUCUGUAACUUUGGACUAAGAAACUGAGAACAUCGAGGCAUUUCUAAACCUACCAACUGUUGAUAUCAGGGUAGGAGCCCCAACAUCCUCUCUCUGUGUCUUGGAUGGCCAAAAGCAUGGUGAAUGACUGUUUUAAUGGUGCAACAGGACGUUGAACUGGAUCUCGCAGAACAGCUCAUGGAAAGGAAAGGCUCUCUGACACACAACAACGUCACUGGGGAGGGAACUGUAAUGUCGGGGAAGGCAUCUGGAGGAUGAAUCCAGGAGUAAACCAACCACUUCAAGUUGACAAGUAAUAAUGAAGCUGUGUCAGUCCAUCAUGGACAUGGAUAUGCCAGAUUACGUCGACUCCCUGGACUCCUCUUAUACCAUGCUAGAAUUUGAAAACCUUCGGGUUCUUCCAAACAACACUGAGGAGGCUAAUGGGCGCUGUUCAAUGCCUGCAGAGAACAUUACAGCUGAAUCAGCCAACAACAACCUGCUCAGCAAUGGCAUUGGCUCCCUUUGCUCCAUCUGUGGGGACCGGGCGACAGGCAAACACUAUGGGGCAUCCAGCUGCGAUGGCUGCAAAGGCUUCUUCAGGAGGAGCGUCCGCAAGAACCAUGUCUAUUCCUGCAGGUUCAGCCGACAGUGCGUGAUAGACAAAGACAAGAGGAACCAGUGCAGGUACUGCAGGCUGAAGAAGUGCUUCAGAGCAGGCAUGAAGAAAGAAGCGGUGCAGAACGAGCGCGACAGGAUCAGCAUCCGCAGGAGCAGCUACGAGGACAACGGCUCGCUGUCCAUCAGCGUGCUCACCCAGGCCGAGGCGAUGGCACAGCAGUAUUUGCCUCUGAGCCCCGUGCACAGUGCAGACAUCGCAAUGAAGAAAGUGGCGACCAUCAACGACGUGUGCGAGUCCAUGAAGCAGCAGCUGCUGGUGCUGGUGGAGUGGGCCAAGUACAUCCCUGCGUUCUGCGAGCUGCCGCUGGACGACCAGGUCGCCUUGCUCAGAGCCCACGCGGGGGAACACCUACUCCUUGGGGUAGCCAAGCGGUCCAUACCCUACACCGAUUUUCUAUUAUUAGGGAAUGACUUCAUCAUCCCAAUGCACUGUCCAGAGCUAGAAAUCGCUCGUGUGGCCACCAGGAUCUUGGAUGAGCUGGUGAAGCCCUUGCGGGACAUCCAGAUCGAUGACAAUGAGUACGCGUGCCUCAAAGCCAUCAUCUUCUUUGAUCCAGACUGCAAAGGCCUGAGCGAGCCUGGGAAGGUGAAAAACAUGCGUUUCCAGGUCCAGGUCAACCUGGAGGACUACAUCAAUGACCGCCAGUACGAUUCCCGGGGCCGGUUCAGCGACAUCCUCCUGCUGCUGCCCCCGCUGCAGAGCAUCACCUGGCAGAUGAUCGAGCAGGUCCAGUUCGUCAAGCUCUUUGGUGUGGCAAGGAUCGACAGCUUGCUGCAGGAGAUGCUGCUGGGAGGAACCACCAUUGAUGUCCAGUACCAGUCAGGACCUCCCAGUCUCAACCUGGACCCGCUGCCAGGACACGUCCUCCCAGGCAACAUGAGCUCUGUGAUUCACGCCGUCCCAGACCCAUCUCCUGAACCAUCCCUUCCAUCUCCUUCUACAAGCACAGGCAGCGAAGACUAUAAACUAGGCUCUAGCGCAGGGCCCAGCACCGUAGCACAGCUCUUACCUCAGACACUGAUACCCAAGCAGGAGAUUUUAUAGGGAGAGGUGGAAGGAGAAGCUGGGAGCAAUGUGGAAACCGCGCAGAAAGUGAACCAGGUCCUUUCUUUUUGCAGAGGCAAAGCACAGCAAUCCCCUGCCUGCCACCGGACCUGGGGGUCACGCUCUUCCCUGUCAGUGAGUAAAGCAGCAGGCACCAAGCUGCAGCAGGAGCAUCACCAUGGGUCAUCCCAACAGCUCAUCCCACUGAUCUCACCCUCAUUUCACACGGACCAAGACUGUAAGCUCUUCAGAGCAGGCCUUGAUUGCGUUUGUUAUCACCUAGCUUCCUGUGAUCACAGCCCUUCUGAAGCCUCUGGUUGCUAUCAUCAUAAAAACAAACACCCUGUGCAGCUCCUGUAAAUUGGCAACGAGUACAGCCUGCACUGAAUUAUCAGUAUGGAAAGGUCUAUCCCCAUUCAAAAUGUAAUUGCACUCCUAAUUCUCCCACUGCAAAUUAAGCUUUAGAAAGAACAUCUUCCUAACUCUUCCAUCUUCAUUACCCUCCCAGAUGUGACUUGCUCCACACAGACCAGCUAACCUUUAAUACCGGUCAGUUCUUAUUUGUGAGCAGGAACGGCAAGGUCUCAACAUUUUGAUAUUUUCCAUACUCCACACUGUAUUUGGAGUCCGUCGGUGAGGCAUUUGCAUCCUCUGCUUUAUUGGAGUAUAUAUACCUAAAACCACUCAGAGACAGCAGCAAGGAGCUCUGCAUCUGACCAUGGUCUGGCAAAACCCACAAGCAGUAAGCUCAAGAAACCAGCUCUAACCAUGGUACGACUUAAAACAAUCCCCACAGAUGACUAUACGACCUCAAACAUGCCUAAAGUGCAGUCGCAGGUACAGUGUUUAUUUGUAUAAAUUGAACAUCACUAGAAAGCAGACUCCUGGAUUUCCAUAGAGCUGAUGUUCCUUUCCAUAAAGCCCAACGCCCUCCAUCAGUCAGCUCUUGAGGCAUUAAGGACAGACUUAUAUUGAAUUGUAAGACACAAGGGGGAAUUCUUUGUUCUGUCACAGCACAUGAAACUGCCAGCCCACAAGCACGGACCCGUCCAUCACAACGCUGAGAUGAUGGUGCCCAGCAAAGGCUUCGUGAGGCUCAUGGCACUCGUGCUCGAGAAGCACUCUGAGAUCCUUGGAUGGAAUACACUACACAAAUGCAAUCUUAAUGCAAAAGGAAGAGCAUCCGAACCUGCACCAAAAGGGUGUUCCUUUGUCCUGUUUGGGGAGCUAUUUUAGAGUUACUGUUCCACCGUACAACAGAUUUGAGAACCACUGAAGCCUGGGUUGAGUUUCACCCAGCAUCUCAAUGUUUUAUUUUUCUAAUAUCUGUGAUGAAUUUGACCUGAUAUUACACACUGAUCGCUUUGAUUUGACACAGCUGUAUCUGGAGAACAAGUUCCACUGCGAGCGUUUCUGCUGCAUCUGUUCCUGUGUAACACUGCUUCCAGUUCCUCCAUCAUGUAAAUUACACUGCUCUGCUCGAAAUUAAAUAUACAUUUAUACCCAUUAAUGGUAAGAAAAUAAAUCUAGUGGAAAUAAAUUCCAUAUGGUUCACA